AUCAAAACAAUCAGAAAAAGCACAAAUAGAACGGCCAGGAGUAGGCGGCCCGUCAAAAAGAGUAAAACGAAAAAUCUCCUUGCACUUUCAUUGUUUCAAUCCGAAGUCCACAGCUAGUCUGCAAAUCAACAAAGUAGCAGAGUUGAGUGGGAAACUGUCUUUCUUUUUUAUUUUUUAUUUGGUACAAAGCAAAGAGAAAAUGGCAAUAACACUGAACGAUGGAUUCAAGCUGCCAAUGGUUGGUCUGGGUGUUUGGCGUAUGGAAGGAAAAGACAUUAGAGAUCUCAUCAUCAACUCCAUCAAGAUUGGUUAUCGCCAUUUUGAUUGUGCUGCUGACUACGGGAAUGAAGCAGAAGUUGGGGAGGCACUAUCAGAAGCAUUCAGAAUUGGGCUUGUUAAGAGAGAGGACCUCUUUAUUACCACUAAGCUUUGGAAUACUGAUCAUGGCCAUGUUCUUGAGGCCUGUAAAGACAGUCUUAAGAAGCUUCAGUUGGAUUAUCUGGAUUUGUAUCUAAUUCACUUCCCUGUUGCCAUAAAGCACACUGGAAUCGGUGAAACUGGCAGUCCUGUGGAUGAGGAUGGAGUCCUGGACAUAGACACAACUAUAUCAUUGGAGACUACCUGGCAUGCUAUGGAAGAUCUGGUUUCCAAGGGUUUAGUUCGGAGCAUUGGGAUCAGCAACUAUGACAUCUUUUUAACAAGAGAUUGCCUAGCUUACUCCAAAGUGAAGCCUGCUGUGAAUCAGAUUGAGACCCAUCCCUACUUCCAACGGGAUUGUCUUGUCAAAUUUUGUCAGAAACAUGGAAUCUGUGUUACAGCCCAUACUCCCUUAGGAGGUGCUACAGCUAAUACAGAAUGGUUUGGUACAGUGUCAUGUUUGGAUGAUCCAAUCCUUAAAGGGCUAGCUGAGAAGUACAAGAAAACUGUGGCUCAGAUUGUUCUCCGGUGGGGAAUCCAGCGGAACGUGGUUGUCAUCCCAAAGACAUCCAAAUUUGAGAGAUUGCAGGAGAAUUUCCAAGUUUUCGACUUUGAGCUAGCCAAAGAAGACAUGGACCUAAUUAAAACUGUUGACAGGAAAUAUCGGACCAAUCAACCUGCCAGGUUUUGGGGCAUAGAUCUGUACGCUUAGAGCAUGGCAGAUAUUCUGUUUGUGGGAACUUUCCUUGUGUUUCAUGAAGAAUAAGAGUGAAAAAUCCAUUUGUCUACAAUAAUUAGUACUUGUAAACAUUCAAAGAUGAAUGGGAUAAUGGCAAAUCGAUUUCUUGUGUAA